UCGUCAUGUAUUGUGAGUAGUACAAUUACAGGCAUUUGCUUUAGGUCUGGGAGGAUAAAACGUUUAAAGCAAAUUGGGCUGUUAUAUUGGGUAUUACCUCUGCUUUUAUCAAAUAUCAGCAUUCUCUGGCUCUAGAAAAUGAUGGAAGAGAGCGGAAUAGAAACAACACCUCCAAGCACACCUCCGCCCAGUACUGCUGCAACUUCAGCCAGCACCCCACCCACCUCUUUUGUUUUGUCUAGCCCAUCAUCUCUUCCCAUUACAACUUCCUUUCCACCUCAAGCAUUCUCAACACCAUUACCUCCUGCUUCGACUUUAAACUUUUCAACUGGGGUGACUGCAACACCACCAUUUGCUGGUUCUGUUCCUGGACUGAGUAAUGCAGCUGCUGUUCCAGCACACACUGUCACCCCCUUCAGCAGUCCCAUGCCCACAUUUCCUCCUCCUGUUGCACCUGUGAGCAGCCCUCCUGGACCCAUACUGACUGCUCCACCAAUGGGACCACCCACUGCAGGAUUUCGUCAGACUUCAACUUAUGACAUCACUCGAGGGCACGCAGGUCGAGCACCACAGACACCUUUACUGCCUACAUUUUCCACACCAUCACCAACAGGCGUUAUGGCAAGUCCUGUGGCUCAGCAACCUUUGGUAGGUUCUGUAAUGGGCCAGAUGGCUGGCUCUUCCAUAACCUUUCCUGAGGAACCUGAAGAUCCUAGGGGAGUUGGAAUGCACGGUCCAGCAUCUGGAAGUGGAGGACUCUGGGACUUCAUUAAGGGUGUAGCAGGUAAUCCCAUGGUGAAGACAGUACUUGACAAAACCAAACAUUCUGUGGAAACAAUGAUCACUACCCUGGAUCCAGGCAUGGCACCAUAUAUCAGGUGCCCAGGAGAGGAUAGACGGUUUACGUCGGUCAGGAGUGAUCCACGAGAAGCAAGCUGUAGUUUCCGUAGAGAAUUUUAUUACAGAACUUCUUCCAGACAAGUGGUUUGACAUUGGGGGUCUGAUUCUUGAAGAUCCAGCUCAUGGUAUUUAUUUGGAAACCUUCACACAAGCAACACCAGUACCUUUGGAAUAUCUACAGCAGGCCCAAAGUCUCACUCCAGCUGAUUACAACUUGCGAUGGUCCGGUCUAUCAGUGACUAUUGGAGAAGUACUAGAAAGAAGUUUGCCCCAUGUGAGUAGGACUGACUGGCAUGUUAUGUUCACUGGCAUGUCUCGUAGACUCAUGAUUUAUAGUGCAGCCAAGGCUCUAGCAGGAAUGUACAAACAUCGGUUACCAACUAGGACCAUCUGAUGCAAGUUAAAAGCAAAUGAAUACAGUGCAGAUGCCAUCAGGGAUGCACUUGUAUUAUUUCUGUAUCCAGGAGAAAAGGACAUCAUCUCAUGAUUUCUUAUUCAUCUGCAGAUAUUUUAAUUGCUUCAGACGUACCUGCACAAGAAAUUGUAAUUCUGAAUUGAGACUGUUUCUAUUAUUACAACAGUGAAACAUUUGUAAAGAAGAGGACAGAAUUUCUGACAAAGUCAGAGACCAAAAAUCAUAAUCAUGUCUUCUGAUGAUAAACUAUGCAUAUUUUUCUAGGGUUGUCUUUAUACGCAUAACCAAUUUAUUUCAGGUUAAAUUAGUACUUUAAAAGUACAUGCUGUUUACACUGUUUUUGUAGUAUCUGCUACUGUAACGCAGUCUAUUUUUGACCAUAGUUAUGGGCCGUCCUUUGCUGUUUUCUGCUGAGUGACCAACUUUAUCUCUACAUAUUUACAAGUGAAUGAUCUCAGGCUUGGAAACAUAUUGGAAUGGUUUGAAGGCGGGGCUGUAGAGUUAUGUGCAGUGUAUUUGCCACUGCAUAGUUAAUUCUAAACAUAGUUGGAGCAUUGAUGUAGAUCACAUAUGAGAUUUUCUGUUUUUUAUAUGACAUCCUCACCUUUUAACAUCUCUCCUGGAUGAUUACAUGGACUAUGAAAGCCAGUUCUUUUAUCUAUUUCUAGAAAAAUUUCUGCUAUCUUCAAAAAUUUCAAGUUACUCAUUCAUGGGUGUCCUAUCCAUUUUAAACUAGUGUGAGUUCAAACAAACUUGCCUUUGUGUACAGGUAUUUAAUAUUCUGUUCCACGCCACUUUUAUUGAAAGCGACCGUUGAAGAAAUGGUGGUCAAGUUUGAGUUAUCUGCAUCCAGUUUUGUGUUUGAGUUGACACAAAAUAAAUUUAAAUACAAUUCAGUCUCAAGUUGUGUACUCGGAUGUUUCGUCUGUCACCAAAAACUGUAAAAACUUGUCAUGUGGUUGCUAUACCUCACAUUAGUACAACAAAAAAUGUAAUAAACAUAAUCAUCCAGGAAUGCA